AUGGUUGCUGCCGUAUUCACCGAGAGCUCCCUCUCCCUCGUGCAGCUCGAGCAGACGGUGCUGCGAGAGCUGGUGCGGCUCGCGGAGCGGAACGCCGCGCAGCCGCUCUCGCUUGCUGAGCUGCAGUCGGCGGCGCCGCUCCUCCGCCGCAAGCUGCGCCAGCACAGCGAGGCCGUGGAGGAGCUGUCGGAGCUCGCCCGUGCUCACGAGAUCCCCGCGGACCAGGCGGAGGCCGGCGCCCGCGUCGCGCGCCAUCAGGCGGAGGGCGGCCGGCUCGCAGACUCGCUGCGGGAGCUCGGCACGCGUGUACAGGCGCAGCGGCCGCAGCAGGAGGCAGCGGCCCGCGCCGAGCUGCUGAUGGGCGGGCGGGGUGGCGGGGACGGCGCGCUCGACCAGGGCGGCACGGGCCGGCCAGAGGGGCUGGGGGACCGCGUCGCCGUCGCCUCGGCGCGCGACACGACGGAGACGCUGAGCCGGACGCAGAAGCUCAUGGCGGAGGAGCUGCAGCGGUCGGACGCGACGCUGCGCUCACUCAACACGCAGAGCAGAUCGAUGCAGGACACGCUGCAGGAGCACCGCGCCAUCGUCGGCUCGCUCAACGCCUCGCGCCGCGCACUCGCCCGUCUCAAGCGGCGCGACUUCACCGACCGCAUCCUGCUGGCAGCCGGCCUCUUCUUCUACUGCCUCGUCGUGCUCUACAUUGUAAAGCGGCGGCUAGGCUUCGCAGGAUGGCGCCUCUUCUCGCUCUUCGGGGCUCCUCCCGGCCCCGACUUGCACGCGGACACGGCUCACGCCGCCGACGACGCCUGCCAAGUACCCGAGGGUCUGGACCGAGUCGGUGCCUGCAUCAGCGAGUAA